AUGGUUGAAAUUGAUGAGUUCAGAAAACACCACGAAAAUCCAACAGAAUGGCGUAUUCGUCGAGUAUUUUUGGAGAAAAACCUCAAACUUCUUCCUCUGGAACGUUUAGAAUGUCUGUCGCACUGUUUCAUCAAUGUUGAGCUCUAUGGCAACGCAUAUCCGGAUAAGGUUAUGCAAGAGCGAUGGAAUUUUGGAUUCUAUGUUCCCGAACAAGUAGUCGAAGUAAGUACUAUCCAAUACUGGAGUGCAACAUUUGAAAGCAAAUCGGCAUUGUGCAAUACAACGCCCGAAGCCAUUACUUUACGCGCGAUCAUUUGA